GCAAGUGAGAGCAUUGUAAAGAGUAGUAGUUCAUAUGCUUGGCGCUCUUUACCUUGUAAUUAUGUAUUCUUUGUCUGAAUUAAUAACUGGUGGUGAUAAUGAUGUCCCUCCAUCACAUCAAAAUAUAGUUCCAGGAGGGGGCUAUGUUUCUGGGAAUGGAAGAUCUGCUGGCCGGCAUGCUCUGGUCUAUGAUAUAAAUACUCCAAAUGAAACCUUGGAAUGGGUUGAUCUCAAACAGAUGUUUGCUUUGGACAAGCCAUCAUGAAAGCUGGCUGCUGAUUGCAAAAGAAGAAAUGAAGAUUUUAAAGGGAAUAUUACCAAUAUCCUUCUGACUGCAGAUCCCACCAGAGGACAUAUGAUGGGAUGGUGAGGUUCGAAGCAUAUCUUACCGAGACUCUGGGGUUAAGAAACAAUCCAGUCAUGUUGCUCCUGCUCCCGGUGCUGGAAGAGGGCAAGGAUCUGCAAAGGGUCUAUUCAGAAAAGAAUAUAUGCCAUCACAGAAU